AGUAUCGAAGCCCAUCGACUCAACUUGCUCGUGGGAUAACCGGCGAAUAUCCACGUGUGGUACACCCACCUCGGCCAACGGUGUGAACAAGUCUUCGUACUCGGCUUGCGGCGCUUCUGCUACUACUACUUGAAAAACUGCAGAGUUGUCCCGGGUCUUCCUACGUUGGCUUUAACCUAGCCGGCAACUCGCAGCCUCGACGCUUAGAAGAGCCCCCAAGGUUUCAACAACCCUUCGGUGCUCUUCUUUCAGGACUCCCCCCAACCCUCAGGUACGAGACGUCGCCGCUGCUCAUUCCGGUCAACCUUGAAGAACUUGUUGUGCGAGUAGAUGAAUUCGCGAGGCAAUGCAGGGACUCGAGAAUUCUGUGGUUGUGAGCUUCAUAGCUCAGUGCUGGCUGCCCAUAAUAGUAUCAGCAAUUCUUGCCUGUCUAGUCAAGAAUCGGUACCACAAUGGCCUCAACAAGUACCCGGGCCCCUUCCUGGCUUCCUUGACGGACCUGUGGCGGUUAUGGGAUGUCUAUCGCCGACGACCUGAACGGACACAUCAACAGUUGCAUGCUAAGUAUGGUGAUGUCGUACGCUUGGGGCCCAAUACUCUAUCGUUCGCGGACCCGAAAUCCCUCAAAACGAUAUACGGCCUCAACAAGGGAUUUGUCAAGUCCGACUUCUAUAUCGUGCAGCAGUCGAUAGUCAAGGGGCAUGUCCUCUCCUCGAUCUUCAGCACUACGGACAAUGGCUUCCACGCCAACUUCCGACGAUCCAUCAACUCGGCCUUCACCAUGUCCGCCCUCGUCCAGUACGAGCCUUUCGUCGAUAACACCACCAAGCUUUUCUUCGAGCAGACGGAGCGCCUUUUCGCCGGUAACCCGGAUGGAUGUGACUUCACCCAGUGGCUACAAUUCUACGCCUUCGACGUGAUCGGAGAGAUCACGUACAGCAAGCGCCACGGAUUCCUCGAAAAAAAUGAAGACAUUGAUGGCAUCAUCAAGUACUUAGGGAAUCUCUUCCUCUACGUUGCACCGAUUGGCCAAAUCCCAUGGCUUGACCGUCUCUUCUUGAAGAACCCCAUCUACCUCAAGCUCUCACAAUGGGGAUUUGUCGAUGCUACCAUGCCGGUAGCCAGUUUUGCUCGAGCGCGUAUGGCUGAGCGUUUGGGCCCGAACCUCAAUGGUGACCCCUCAAAACCUCUGCUGCCCGUCUCCACUGGAAAAGGCGAAGUCAAGUCUCCCGACCUCCUGUCCAAGUUCCUCGCAGCGCGUGACGCUCGACCCGAAUUCAUGACCGACACGCUGGUGCAAACGAUGGCUGUAUCGAUGGCGUUCGCGGGCUCCGAAACGACUGCUAUCUCCCUCUCGAGCGUAUUCUACUACCUCUUGCGCAAUCCAUCCAAGCUCGACAGGCUUCUCAAAGAGAUCGAUGACGCCUCUCGGUCCGGCCUCUUCAGCGACUACGAAACUGGCCUCGUAACGUGGGCCGAGAGCCAGAAGCUACCGUACCUCGACGCCUGCAUCAAGGAAUCGUUUCGGAUACACCCGGCGGCGGGCCUGCCGCUUGAGCGCAUCGUUCCCGAACCCGGUGUCGAGAUCGCAGGCCACUAUGUGAAGGGCGGUACCAUUGUAGGCUGUUCGGCGUGGGUCAUCCACCGCCGCCCGGAGAUCUGGGGCGAGGACGUGGACGUGUACCGACCUGAGAGGUGGCUCGUCGACGAAAAGCUACCGGUCGGCAGCGAGGAGAGGGAGGAGCAGGAGAAGCGCAUCCGCGAGAUGAACGGCAUGAUGUUCCACUUCGGCAUGGGUAGCCGGACGUGCCUCGGCAAGAAUAUCAGCUUGCUGGAGAUCUACAAGGUCACCCCGAGCUUGCUGCGGCGUUUCGAGAUCAGCUUCAAGGAUCCCAAGCAGGAGUGGAAGCUCGUCAACGCGUGGUUCGUCAAGCAGCACAACUUCCACACCAUGUUCGAGCUGCGAGACCUGGUGAAGCCCGGCCAGACCGGCAAGGACAAGAGGUAAAGAGGGGCGAAGGGAAGGAAGAAAGGAAGGAAUGGGCAGGGCAGGGCAGGGCAGCGGUAGGUAGCUAGCUAGCUCUUCUUUUCCCUUUCCUUUCUGUCCCUCCCCUGCCCU